AUCUGUCAAUACCCAGUGCGGAUUCCCUGCCCCAUUUGAGAUGGAAAAUAUUGGUGGCUUUAAAGUCUCCUCGCUGAAGGACAAAGUCACUCUUAUCACUGGUGCCAGCUCAGGUAUCGGGGCAGGAACGGCAGUGCUGUUCGCGAAACUUGGAGCACUGUUGGCCUUAAACGGACGCGAUGCAGAAAAUCUCGCCAAAACAGCCAAAGAAUGCACAGAGUGUGGAGCUGCUGAGCCUCUCCUGGUUCCAGGAGAUUUGACAGAUGAGGAAACAGUGAGGAAGACGGUUGAACAGACCAUUGCCCAUUUUGGGAGGCUGGAUGUCCUUGUCAACAGUGCGGGAAUCCUCGCUAUGGGUACUAUAGAGACAACUGAUUUAGCACAGUACGACAAGGUCAUGAACGUUAACGUCAGAUCAGUUUAUCACCUGACACACAUGUGUGUGCCAUACCUUAUCAAGACAAAGGGAUCAAUUGUGAACGUAUCAAGCGUGAACGGCCAACGAUCAUUCCCAGGAGUACUUGCCUACUGUAUGUCAAAGUCCGCCAUUGACCAGUUCACACGCUGCAUAGCCCUCGAACUGGCAUCAAAACAAGUGCGGGCUAACUCUGUGUGCCCUGGUGUCAUCAUCACGGAAGUUCACAAGCGUGCAGGAUUGGAUGACGAUCAGUAUGCCAAGUUCCUGGACAAGUGUAAGGUGACGCAUGCGCUGGGCAGGCCGGGCGAGGUGGAGGAAGUGGCCCAUGCCAUCGCAUUUCUGGCUUCUGAUGCAGCGUCUUUCAUCACCGGGGUCAACCUGCCGGUGGACGGGGGCCGUCAUGCUAUGUGUCCCCGGUAACUUGCAAAGAACCAGCGCUGUUCACAGUUUGCUGUGUACAGUUGGCCCUGUUUACGUUAAGAAAAUAAAAAGAGGAAAAUGCUUAGCGGUG